AUGCCUUAUAUCUCUGUCUCUCUUCCAUUGCCCGUCUUCAGUCCUUCUUUAGCUGGGAGCAUUGAUCUCGGCGUUUGGUCAUCGCAAUUCGUUUUGCCUGAGUUUAAUUCCUCAAGUUUCUCUUUGGGUGGCUCUAUGGAGCUCAUGGCUGUUCCGGAAAGAAAGGUUUCUCCCCAAAAAAGAGGAAUAAGGAAUGGACCAAAAGCUUUGAAACCUGUUCCUGUGAUUGUUCUAUGCAAGAGCUGUGGUCGUGUCAGGCUUCCACACUUCUUCUGUUGCGGUGGGAAACCUGAUAAGGGUAAUACUGGUGAACAGAAUGGUAGUACAAGCUAAGCAAGCUGUUUGGGAUGAGGCACCGGACGUUGUUUCAUG